CAAAUAAAGAAAGUUCGCUUCUCUCAAUCUCCCCCCCUGGCUCUUUUAUGAUCAUCAAAUACUUUCGUCAUUUCUCUCAUUGCCACCAUUCAAGGGAAUGAAAGAAAUAAUGGCUGGGUCAAAGGCUCCGACUCCAUCUCUCAUUGCAGCAGGAGCUUCAAGUUUUCAAGAUGUGUUGAGAGUAGGAGGAGAGAAGAAUGUAAAGGAGAGAGAUCAAAAUCAAAGAAGGCCGUUAGGUAGUGUCAAUCCCAACAUAAUGGGAGCUACCCUUCGCUCUAAUGUUGUCAACAAAAGGAAAGAUUUAACUUGUGAUAAGAACUCAAUUUUAGGACAUAACCCUAGUACAAGAUUGGCCGAACAUGAGGAGACUAAGAAGCCAAUCACAUUGGCAAAAGAUUGUACAAUCAUAGAUGUACAUGAGUAUCAUGAGGAUGAUGAUGACAGCGAUGUUGGGGUCCCAAUGUGUGUGAGGCACACAGAAGCAUUUCUUGAUGAGAUUGAUAGAAUGGAUGUUGAUGAAAUGGAGGAUUUUGAGGACCCCAUUGUGGACAUUGACAGCAGAGAUUCACAAAAUCCACUUGCAGUUGUUGAAUAUGUAGAUGACAUCUAUGCUUUUUACAGCAAAAGUGAGAUUUCUAGUUGUGUUUAUCCUAAUUACAUGGACAAUCAAGCUGACAUUAAUGAGAAAAUGAGAGCUAUACUCAUUGAUUGGCUUAUAGAGGUUCACUACAAAUUUGAACUUAUGGAUGAGACAUUGUUCCUUACAGUCAAUAUCUUAGACAGAUUUUUAGAGAAGCAAUCAGUGGUCAGAAAGAAGCUUCAAUUAGUCGGCAUGACAGCUAUGCUAUUGGCAUGCAAGUAUGAGGAGGUCUCUGUCCCCAUUGUAGAGGACUUUGUCCUGAUAUCAGAUAAUGCUUAUACAAGAAAAGAAGUUCUUGAUAUGGAGAAACUAAUGGUGAACAGUUUACAAUUCAACUUAUCUGUGCCAACCCCUUAUGUGUUCAUGAGGAGAUUUCUCAAGGCUGCACAAUCUGACAGAAAGCUUGAGCUUCUAUCAUUCUUCAACAUUGAGCUAUGCCUGGUGGAGUAUGAUAUGAUCAAGUUUCCACCAUCUUUGCUUGCUGCUGCAGCAAUUUACACGGCUCAGUGCAGCCUCUACCAGUUUAAGGAAUGGACUAAAACAAGCCAGUGGCAUACAAACUACUCAGAAGAUCAGCUCUUGGAAUGCUCGAGACUGAUGGUUACGUUACACCAGAAGGCCGGAAAGGGGAAGCUAACUGGAGUAUAUCGGAAGUAUUGCACAAGCAAGUUUGGCUAUGCAGCAAAAAUUGAACCUGCCCAGUUUCUCUUAGAUGAUUGAUUGUAGAGCCGUAGCUUUGAUGAUAUGCUGUUUGUUUUGUGUGGAGAUGAGCAACAGAAGUUGCCUGUGACUGCCUUUUGUUGCUAAUUCCGUUUGUUUGUUUGUCUACUCUGAAACCGUGUGAAUAUUAGCGUCAUGAUAUUCAAUCAUGCUUAUGAGUAAACAUGAAUUUUAGAUCAA